CUUCGAGAAUUUGGUUGUAUCUCAGGUUGAACAGACUCUGCCUAGCACACACCUGACUCCCUUAUCUUUCAUCAUGACUUUCAACGGUAACUGGAAAGUAGACAGAAGUGAAAACUAUGACACAUUCAUGGAAGUUAUGGGUGUCAAUAUCAUGAAGAGAAAGCUGGCAGCUCAUGACAACCUGAAGAUCACCAUUCAGCAGGACGGAGAUAAAUUCAGUGUUAAAGAAUCCAGCACGUUCCGAACAAUUGAAAUAAAUUUCACUCUUGGAGUCUCCUUCGAUUAUGCUCUAGCUGAUGGAACAGAGCUCAGUGGUUCUUGGGUAAUUGAAGGAGAUAAGUUGGUUGGAACAUUCAGCAGGAAAGAUAAUGGAAAGCAAUUGAAGACACACAGAGUAAUAGUUGGAGAUGAGCUUGUUCAGACUUAUUUAUAUGAGGGAACUGAAGCUAAGAGAAUCUUCAAGAGAGCCUAAGAGUUUUUCCAAAUCGCCCUUCGCCCCACAGUUUAUUACUACUACAUUGGCUUGACAUCAAAUUUUGUGUUAUAACAGUUUACGAUGCUUGUCCAAAACAGUUAAAAGAAGAUACACACAUUGUAAAUAUUACUCAUAGCAUCAUUCAAGUAAAACUGUUCCUAGGAUUAUUUUCAUUUUGUUCAAUAAAUUGUGUUCUUAAAAA